GCUCUUUGUUUUAGUGAGUGAUCUGAGGAUUGUUCUGCUGGGGAAGAGUUUAUCAGAAAAUUUAAGAAUGAUGAACUCUAUUCUGGAAGUAGAUCUGAGACAAAGUGAAGCUCCUUCAGAUUGUUUUCUGAAUCAAAGUGUGAGAAUCAGUGGAACGGUGGAAAACAGACACAUCGCAGUCAUCAACAGUGCAAAUCUGCUUCAGCUGAACCUCUUACACAAUCAGAUCACAGAAAGAGUGAAAGACUGUAUGAGUUCGUCUGCUCCAGGACCUCAUGUGUUCAUACUUGUACUGCAGCAUCAUGACUUCAGUGAAGAGGACAGAAAGCAAGUGAAGAAUGUGUUAAAAGAAUUCAGUGAUCAGGCCAUAAAACGCACAAUAGUGAUGACUACUGAUCAACAAACUCACAGCUCCAUACCACCUUCUGUGAUUAUCAAUGAAUUCAUCAAUCAUUUGACAAAGGAGUGUGGAGGAGGACAUCUUCAGUUUGACGAAAGACAACCAGACUGGCGCUCUAAAGUUCUCAGAAGGGUAGAUGAUAUACUCAAGAAGGAAUGUGAAGAAUUUCUCAUCUGUGACAUAUAUGAAGAUGCAGAAGAAGGAACAUCAGUGGAUAAAAAGCAGAACAGACCUGAAAGUUCAGUAAAUGAAGGCAAUUCUGACCUUGAAAAGAGUGGAAAUAUUUUCAAGGUCAAGGAGAAUCAUAAAAGCAGAGGAUCAGCUCCAGUUUCUGGAAAAUCAAAUCUGAAUGUGGUGUUGUGUGGAAAUGAUGGACAAAUGAAGGUCACAGUGUCUAAAAUUCUAAGAGGGAAACCAAAAAUGCAUUUAGAUCAGAGAGAGUCCAGUUCAGUGUGUGUGAAGAAAGAAGAGAAAGUUCAUGGACGUCAGAUCUGUGUUGUGGAGCUUCCAGCUCUGACUCAACUCUCGGAUGAAGAGAUGAUACAAGAAACUUUCCACUGUCUGUCUCUAUGUUAUCCUGGAGUUAAUGUGUUUCUCUUCAUUCCUGUUGGUCCACUGAAUUAUGGAGAGAAAGCUGAAAUAGAGAAGAUCCAGAAGAUAUUUGGCUCUAGAGAUCACUUUGUGAUACUUUUCACAGCGAAGCUUGCUGUUGAAGGACCAGAGACAGAUUUUGUAAAGUCAUGGUCAGAACCUCUGAACAAUCUCUGUGGAGGACGACACAAAGUGCUAAAGGAACAUGGAAAAUCCAAACAGAUUCCAGAUCUACUGGAUUAUAUAGAGAACAUGAAGACUGAACCAUAUUCACUUCAGAUGUUCGUGAGAGCUCGAGAAAUGAGAUAUGAAAAAAAACUCAAAAGAAUGGAGAAUGAAAUCAAAGUGUUAAAAGAGAAGAUUAAGGCAGACGGUGCUGAAGAUGACCAGGAGUGUUUGAGAAUUGUAUUGAUGGGAAAGACAGGAAAUGGAAAGAGUGCAACAGGAAACACAAUCCUAGGGGAAAACCUAUUUGAGAGCAAAUCAAGGUCAAAGUCAGUGACGAGUGUUUGUGAGAAAGAAGUUUGUGAAGUUGAUGGUGGAUCAGUAGCUGUUGUUGAUACUCCAGGACUGUUUGACACAACACUGCCAAAUGAACAAGUGAUUGAUGAAAUAGUGAAAUGUGUGUCACUGUCAUCACCUGGACCUCAUGCCUUCAUCAUUGUGUUGAGUGUCGGAAGAUUCACUCGAGAGGAGUCAGAUGCUGUAGAUCUGAUAAAGAAGAUAUUUGGUACAAAAGCUGCACAGUUCACAAUUGCUCUCUUCACUAGAGGAGAUGAUCUUCAGGGUGAAUCUAUAGAAGACUUUGUGAAGGACGGUUCUGCAGAACUGAAGAAACUGAUCAGAGACUGUGGAAACAGAUUCCUGGUGUUUAAUAACAGAGAAACACAAGACAGAACUCAAGUGACUCGACUGAUAAACAUGAUAGAAGAGAUGAAAACAACAAAUCAGGGUCAAUAUUUCACUAACAGCAUGUUUGAAGAGGCAGAGAUGAGCAUUAAAAAGAGAAUGGAGGAAAUACUGAAAGAGAAAGAGAGAGAAAUUCAGACUCAGAAAGAGAAAUUAAAGGCCAAACAUGAGAUGGAGAAAGAGAACAUGAUGAAGAGAUUAGAGGAAGAGAAGAGAAGAGCAGACGAGGAAAGAAUUCAGAUGGAGAAAAACUUCAGAGAACAGAAGGAAACUCUGAGAAAAGAGUUUGAAGAGAAAGAGAAAACAGAACAACAGAAACGAGAUCUUGAGAAACAGAAACAAAUAGAGGAAGAAAGACAACAAAGAGCUGAACAUCUUCAGAAGAUAGAAGAGAUGAAGAGAGAGACUGAACAUCAGAGAUCACUUUAUGAACAACAGCAGAGAGAGAGAGAAGAGGAGGAUAGAAAGAGAGAAGAGAAAUACAGACACGAUCAAGAGAAGAUCAAACAAGAACAAGAACAGAUUAUAACACAAUUACAAAAGAGACAAGAAGAAGAGAUUAGAAAGAGAGAAUCUGAGGAGCAAAAGAGACAUGAAGAAGAAGAGAGACAGAGAGAAGAAUGGAGGAGAAGAAUAAAAGAAGCUGAAAAUGAGAGAAAAGAGACUCAAGAGGAAAUUAAACGACAAGAGAGAGAAUGGGAGGAAGACAAGAAACGACAGAUGAGAGAACGAGAGGAAGUUGAGAGAAAGAGAAGAGAGAAACAUGAAGAACAACUGAGAGAAAAACAAGAAGAACUGGAGAAAAUGAGACAGAAGAUUGAGAAAGAGAGAGAAGAAGAGAGACGACAGAGAGAUGAAGAGAGAGAGAAACUGAGACGAGAGAAAGAAGAGAAAGAGAGAGAGUAUGAAGAGAAGAAAAAUGAAAUGAUGAAACAUUAUGAGCAGCUGGAGAGAAAGAGAACAGAGACGUGGGAGAGAAAACAACGAGAAGAUGAUGAGAGAAGAGAAGAAGAGAGAAAGAGAUGGGAGAAAAUGAUAGAAGAUCUUAAACAAGAGCAGGUGAAGGAGAGGAUGACAAGAGAAACCCAAGAGAGAGAGAGAAAAGAAAGAGAAGAGAAAGAGAGAGAAGAAAUAAAGGAGGAGCAUGAGCGGAGAAUAAAAGAGAUGAAGAAGAAACAUGAAGAUGAAGCCAGAAAACAAGCAGAAGAGUUGAAUGAGUUCAGAGAGAGAAAAGAACGACAGAUUCAAGAUCUCAAACAGAUGCUGGAAGAACGUCAGAAACAUCAAGAAUUACUGGAGGAGUUCUAUCAACUCUUAAAUAACGAAGAGAAUAUAGACAUAGAAAAGCUGAAAAAAAAGGUUGAAGAAUUAAAAAAGAAAUCAAGCUGUGUCAUUCUGUAACAUCAUUAAUGUUGAAUAGUAAACAGUAAGUGGAAUCAAAACAAUAUAGAUUUGUUUUUACUUUUAUAGAUUUAUUUUAAAGUCAGCAUACUGGAAUAUUACUGUGUUUAUAAGGGCAUCUUUCAAUUUAUAGCAUUUGAUUUAGAACCUGGUGCCUUUACUUUAAUCAGCCUACAAAGGCAAAGCACAGUAACUACACAUUUACUCAAAAUUGAGUUAAAGAGUAAAUAUUUUGUGAUUUUUAAGGUCUUACUUUGCUUUAUGGAGUGUUGAACAUUUACAUGUAUUCAUUUGGCAGACACUUUUAUUCAAAGCAUAUAAACAUUUUGUCAACACACUAAACAGUAGCGUUAGUUUACAAGGCCAUGCUACUAGAGGAUUAAAGCUGGAGUAAGCAAAGGAGAGUGAACAACAUUUUUGUUUUUGUUUUCUUUAAGACACAACACAGACAGUUAUUGGUUAGCAAAGUUAAUGUGGAACAGGUGUUUUUUGAGCAGUUUUUUGAAAGUUGUGAAGGAUGCUGCAGUUCAGGUGGAGGCUGGCAGUUCAUUCCACCACAAGGGAACACAAUGAGUACACACACGGUGUAAAAACACUUUCAUUUUCUAAUAGUCAGUUAUUCUUACCUUCUUCUUGACUGACUCAAAUGAUUCAUUCGGCGAUUCAUCUGUCUAAUCCCCUCCUUUCUGUCAGUCUAGUCUGCUGUUAUUGGUCUACCGCGUGUAAUGUUGCAAUGGAACGUAGGCGGGCAUUACACCGAGUGACGCAAAUCUGACCCGGAGCUGAAAUGAGAAUGACAGACGACUUGUUUGCAUGAUUCAGAAUCGACUCCUUUUUUUUCCAAGCCAAUAACUUUGUUAUUCGUUCACUUUCGGCUUCACAACUUGGCAGACUGCUUACAUUCACACAAAGCAACAUUAUACACUGCAAGGACAUUGUAAUAUUUACUCUUUAAAGCUUGAAAUGGGCUUUGUGACAUCUGUUUUUUUACCAGUCUCCUGGUUCAAUCUUGUGUUAAAAUUGCAGGAACUACAAAAGUAAUUAUUGAAGUAAAACUUUAAAGGCAUUUUUCUUAGUUACAGUUUUUGUGUAGUUACUGCACUUUGCAUUAGUAGGGCAGAUUAUUGAUAAAUGUUAAUUCAUUAUCAGUUCCACAUCAAGGAAAAGUGGCUUGGUCAGAUUAUAAUUGAUCCUUGUAAAGUAUCUCAUGUAAUCUAACUAAAUGAUCCCAAGAAUGAAUAAAAUGUCAAUAAAACAGUUGAUAUAUUGAUAUUGAUGUUUAUAUUACACUGUUAAAAAAAUGUAAUUUUAUAGGUAAUGGUCUGUAUUAUUUUACAGAAUUUUUCCUUUUUUCCAUUAAAAAGUUAAU